GCUAUCAAUUUGGUUGCUUCUUUGAAUCUGUCUUCACUUCCUCCCUCCCUCUAAUAAUAUACCACUCUCACACUCUCCGUCUAUAUAUAUAUAUAGAGGCCUGGAUCAGAUGAGAGUAUAACACCAAAAUACCAAAGAGAAAUCAGCCAUAUCAUAUUACUUAAAAUGUCAAGCUACUUAGGAAAAUCAAAAAGUGUUUCUCAGUUUUUUAGCUUUGUGCUAACAUGUCAUUUGUUUCUACUUAUUGGUUUCAUUCAUUCUUCCCCACCAGAAAAUCCCAUAAAAUGUUCUUCAAAGAAUAACAGUAAUUGCACUGUUACGAAUUCUCUAGGUGCAUUUCCAGACAGAGCAAUAUGUAAAGUAUCAAAUGCUAUUUACCCUCAGACAGAACAAGAACUUAUUGCAGCAGUAGCUAUGGCUUCCAUGAACAAAAUCAAGGUGAAAGUUGCAACUAGGUAUUCUCACAGUCUACCAAAGUUGGUUUGUCCAGACGAGAGUCCGAAUGGUAAUUUACUCAUAAGCACUAUGAACCUCAACCGGACUUUAAGUAUCGAUAGUUCCACGAUGAUCAUGACAGUUGAAUCCGGCGUGUUACUUCGAGAUGUGAUUUCGAAGGCGGCUAAAGUUGGAUUAGCACUUCCUGCUAGUCCUUACUGGUGGGGUUUAACUAUCGGCGGUAUGAUUUCUACUGGUGCCCAUGGAAGUACUUUAUGGGGUAAUGGAAGUUAUGUUCACGACUAUGUGAUAGGCCUUCGGAUAGUCACACCUGCUAGCCCUGAGGAAGGUUAUGCCAAAGUGAGGGUUCUUGAUAAUAAUCACCCUGACAUUAAAGCAGCCAAGUUAUCCCUUGGAGUUCUUGGUGUUAUUUCACAGGUUACUCUUAAACUCCAGCCACUUUUCAAACGAUCUCUAACCAUUGUUAGGGAGGACGAUUCAGAUUUAGCGACUCGGGCAACCACCUUCGGCAAAGAACAUGAGUUCGGAGACAUAACUUGGUAUCCUUAUCAACGUAGGGCACUUUAUCGACUUGAUGACAGAGUCUCCAUAAAUACAUCCGGAAAUGGUCUCAAUGACUUCACAGGUUUUCGUUCUACAUUGACACCAGUUUUAGCCGCUGUAAGAGUUUCAGAGGAGACCCAAGAAGCAAUAGGUGAUGCGAAUGGGAAAUGCAUCAGCGCAAGGGUAACCACAUUUGGAUUAAGGAUUACCGGAUUUGGAUAUUCAAAUGACGGUAAUUUGUUUAAAGGUUACCCGAUAGUUGGAUAUCAAAAUCGCUUACAAGCCUCAGGAAGCUGUAUAGAUAGCUCGUCAAAUGAUCUAAUCACAUCAUGUGCAUGGGAUCCAAGAAUAAAGGGCAACUUCUAUCACCAAACUGCUGUCAAUCUACCUCUAUCAAAAGUUCAGAACUUUAUCGAGGAUGUACAGAAACUUAGAGAUUUACUACCCGAAGCUUUCUGUGGUUUAGAGCUUGGAAAUGGAAUCCUAAUGAGAUACAUAAAGGGUUCAAAUGCUUACUUUGGUACAGAAGAAGAUUCCAUCGAUUUCGAUAUAACCUAUUAUAGAAGUAAAAAUGGUUCGACACCUAGACUUUUCCAAGACAUAUUAGAAGAAGUAGAACAGAUCGCAGUUUUUAAGUAUGCAGGAAUACCACACUGGGGUAAAAACCGCAAUCUUGGGUUUAUUGGUGCAAUCAAUAAGUAUAAACAUGCUGCCGAGUUUUUAAAAGUGAAAGAGAGUUACGAUCCUACUGGAGUGUUUUCAAGUAAAUGGACAAAUCAAAUCCUUGGUUUAGAUCAAAGUGGUGUGACCAUUGUUAAGGAUGGUUGUGCCCUGGAAGGACUUUGUAUAUGCUCUGAGGAUAUUCAUUGUGCACCCAAAAAGGGGUACGUUUGUCGACCAGGCGGACUUUAUACAAGUGCUAGAGUUUGCACCGAUAUAAACAGAGUCGAUUCAGAUAUCAGUAUCACUACACUUAAAGAGGAGGAGGAGGACCUUGGAUUUUCAGACAUGUAAAGAUAGUUUAUUCGUAUUAUGUAUUGUGUAUGUAAUGUGCUUGAAUUUAUAUCAUUUGGUGUAUUCUUUCAAUUUUUAAUCAAAUUGUACUUCUUUGGCAAAUACAAAAAGUUAAUGCUUGUUGGAAAAAAA